AUGGCCAUGAAGAUCAUGGAGAAGAUCAGGAAUGUGUUUCGUGAGGCACACAGAAUUCUCUAUGUUUGUGAAAGUCAGUCUCUGAGGAAUUUCGUCAGGAAAGAAUUUCUGCUCGGAAAAGCUGCUGGGAAAAUGAACAUCAGUAUUGAUUUAGACACAAACUAUGCUGAGCUGGUUCUACAUGUGGGAAGAGUCACUCUUGGAGAGAACAAUAGAAAAAAAAUGAAGGAUUGUCAACUGAGAAAACAGCAGAAUGAAAAUGUCUCACGAGCUGUGUGUGCUCUGCUGAAUUCUGGAGGGGGAUUUAUCAAGGCUGAAGUUGAGAAUGAAGACUAUAGUUAUAAAAAAGAUGGAAUAGGACUAGAUUUGGAAAAUUCUUUCAGUAAUAUGCUGCCAUUUGUUCCCAAUUUCCUGGACUUCAUGCAGAAUGGUAACUACUUUCACAUUUUUGUGAAAUCAUGGAGCUUGGAAACCUCUGGUCCGCAGAUUGUCACGUUGAGCUCCAGUUUGUACAAGAGAGAUGUAACAUCUGCAAAAGUCAUGAAUGCUUCUGCUGCACUGGAGUUCCUCAAAGACAUGGAAAAAACUGGAGGGAGAGCAUAUUUAAGACCAGAAUUUCCUGCAAAGAGGGCCAAUGUCGAUGUACAAGAAGAAAGUAACAUGGAAGCCUUGGCUGCUGAUUUUUUUAAAAGAACAGAACUUAAUUAUAAAGAAAAAUUGACCUUUACUGAAUCCACACACGUUGAAAUUAAAAACUUCUCGACAGAAAAGUUGUUACAACGAAUUACAGAGAUUCUCCCUCAAUAUGUUUCUGCAUUUGCAAAUACUGAUGGAGGAUAUUUAUUCGUUGGUCUAAAUGAAGAUAAAGAAAUAAUUGGCUUUAAAGCAGAGAAGAGUUAUCUUACUAAGUUAGAAGAAGUAACAAAAAAUUCCAUUGGGAAACUGCCUGUGCAUCACUUCUGUGUGGAGGAGGGGACGAUAAAUUACUUAUGCAAAUUCCUUGGAGUAUAUGAUAAAGGAAGGCUUUGUGGAUAUGUGUAUGCACUCAGAGUGGAACGUUCCUGCUGUGCAGUGUUUGCUAAAAAGCCUGAUUCCUGGCACGUGAAAGAUAACAGAGUGAAGCAGUUGACCGAGAAGGAAUGGAUCCAGUUCAUGGUGGAUUCAGAACCAGUAUGUGAAGAACGGCCCUCUCCAGCAAGUACAUCAUCACCUCUCUCCCAGAGUUGUCCUCUUCGUGAAUAUAUUAACUUCAAAAUUCAGCCACUGAGAUAUCACCUUCCAGGGCUAUCAGGAAAGAUAACUUGUACUCCAGAAACCCUCUGCAGAAAUCUGUUCUCACAACAUGAAGGACUUAAGCAAUUAAUAUGUGAAGAAAUGGGCUCUGUCAGUAAGGGCUCACUGAUCUUCUCUAGGAGCUGGUCUCUGGAGCUGGGCUUGCAAGAGAACCACAAAGUCCUCUGUGAUGCUCUUCUGAUUUCCCAGGACAAGCCUCCAGUCCUAUACACCUUCCACAUGGUACAGGAUGAGGAGUUUAAAAGCUAUUCUACACAAACUGCCCAAAUUUUAAAACAGAAGCUGGCAAAAAUUGGUGGUUACACUAAAAAAGUGUGUGUCAUGACAAAGAUCUUCUACCUGAGCUCUGAAGGCAAGACAAGCUGCCAGUAUGAUUUAAACUCGCAAGUAAUUUACCCUGAAUCCUACUAUUGGACAACAGCUCAAACAAUGAAAGACUUGGAAAAGGCCCUUUCAAAUAUCUUACCUAAGGAGAAUCAAAUCUUUUUGUUUGUUUGUUUGUUUUGUUUUUGUUUGUUCAUUUGUUUGUUUUUUCUUGAGAUGAGUCUCGCUCUGUCACCCAGACUGGAGUGUAGUGGCAUGAUCUCGACUCACUGCAACCUCUGCCUCCUGGGUUCAAGCAAUUCCCCACCUCAGCCUCCCGAGUAGCUGGGAUUACAGGUGCCUGCCACCACGCAGGGCUAAUUUUUUUUUUUUUUGUAUUUUUAGUAGAGAUGGGGUUUCACCAUCUUGGCCAGGCUGGUCUUGAACUUUUGACCUCGUGAUCCACCCGCCUCGGCCUCCCAAAAUGCUAGGAGUACAGACAUGAGCCACCGCUACUGGCUGGAGAAUCAAUUCUUUUACAGGCCAAUUAGCCUUUGACAUUUCCAGCGUCUCCCAGAUAAUCAGUGUAGAUAAGGAUGUUUAAAUCUUGUCCAAUGCUCACUUGAAUCAUGGAAGAUGGACUGGGCUACAGAGAUAUUUUUCAUUAUAUAUUCAAUAACAUUCUCUAAUUCUCUAAAAACAUGUCUUUGAAAACUUUGCAAGUUAAGCAACUUGACGUGAUGUUGGAAAACUGGGAUUAGCCUAUGUUCACUUCUUCCUAAGUUCUUUAUAGAUAUUCCUUAAGGGAUAUUAGGAAAAUUAAUUACCUACACAUGUUUUGCCAUACCAAGAUGUCAUUUGACUAUAAAGGAAAUAUCAGACAUUCUUAUCCAAUGGACAUGGAAAACAUAGUUCUCUAACACCUUCUUGAAAACUACAUUGCAAUGAAAUUCAGCCAAUGGAAAUAUUACUCAAAAUGGAGAACUUGUUGAGUUGGGUGGAUCACUUGAGGUCAGGAGUUGAAGACCAGACUGGGCAACAUGGUGAAACCCAGUCUCUACUAAAAAUAUAAAAAUUAGCCAAGUGUGGUGGCACACACAUGUAGUCCCAGCUACUCGGGAGGCUGAGGCAUGAGAAUUGCUUAAACCUAGGAAGUGGAGGUUGCAGUGAGCCAAGACCACACCACUGCACUCCAGCCUGGGCAAGAGAGCAAGACUCUGUCAUCUCUAUGCAAAUAAACUAGAAAAUCUAGAAGAAAUGGAUAAAUUCCUGAACACAUACGAUCUCCCAAGACUGAGCCAGGGAGAAGUCAAAUCCCUGAAUAGAUCAAUAACAAGUUCUGAAGUUGAGGCAGUAAUUAAUAACCAAAAAAAGCCCAGGACCGGAGAGAUUCACAGCUGAAUUCUACCAGAGGUACAAAGAGGAGCUGGUACCAUUUCUACUGAAACUAUUCCAAACAAUAAAAAAGGAAGGACUCCUGCCUAACUCAUUUUAUGAAGCCAGUAUCAUCCUGAUACCAAAACCUGGUAGGGACACAAUAAAAAAAGGAAAACUUCAGGCCAAUAUCCCUGAUUAACAUCAUUGCAAAAAUCAUCAAUAAAAUACUGGCAAACUGAAUCCAGUGGCACGUCAAAAAAGCUUAUCCACCACGAUCAAGUUGGCUUCAUCCCUGGGAUGCAAGGCUGAUUCAACAUACAUAAAUCAAUAAACGUAAUUCAUCACAUAAACGGAACCAAUAACAAAAACCAUAUGAUUAUCUCAAUAGAUGCAGAAAAAGACUUUGACAAAAUUCAACAUCCCUUUAUGUUAAAAACUCUCAAUAAACUGGGUAUUGAUGAAACAUAUCUCAAAACAAUAAGAGCUAUUUAUGACAAACCCACAGCCAAUAUCAUACUGAAUGGGCAAAAGCGGGAAGCAUUCCCUUUGAAAACUGGCACAAGACAAGGAUGCCCUCUCUCACCACUCCUAUUCAACAUAGUAUUGGAAGUUCUGGCCAGGGCAAUCAGGCAGGAGAAAGAAAUAAAUAUAUUCUAAUAGGAAGAGAGGAAGUCAAAUUGUCUUUAUUUGUAGAUGACAUGAUUUUAUAUCUAGAAAAUCCCAUCAUCUCAGCCCCCAAAUUCCUUAAGCUGAUAAGCAAAUUCAGCAAAGUCUCCAGAUACAAAAUCAAUGUGCAAAAGUCACAAGCAUUCCAUUACACCAACAAUAGACAAGCAGAGAGCCAAAUCAUGAGUGAACUCACAUUCACAAUCGCUAAAAACAGUCUAAAAUACCUAGGAAUAUAGCUAACAAGGGAUGUGAAGGACCUCUUCAAGGAGAACUACAAACCACUGCUCAAGGAAAUAAGAGAAGACAUAAACAAACGGAAAAACAUUCUAUCCUCAUAAAUAGGAAGAAUCAAUAUCAUGAAAAUGGCCACAUUGCCCAAAGCAAUUUAUAGAUUCAAUGUUAUUCCCAUCAAACUACCAUUGACAUUCCUCACAGAAUUUCAUAUGGAAUCAAAUGAGAAUUAAAUGAAAUUAAAUUUCAUAUGGAAUCAAAGAAGACCUUGUACAGCUAAGAUAAUCCUAAACAAAAAGAACAAAGCUGGAGGCAUUAUGCUACCUGACUUCAAACUACCCUACAUGGCUACAGUAACCAAAACAGCAUGGUACUGGUAUAAAAAGAGACAUAUAGACCAAUGGUACAGAACAGAGACCUCAGAAAUAACACCACACAUCUAUAACCAUCUGAUCUUCUACAAAUCUGACAAAAACAAGCAAUGGGGAAAGGAUCUUCUAUUCAAUAAAUGGUGCUGGGAGAACUGGCUAGCCAUAUGCAAAAAACUGAAACUGGAUCCCUUCCUUACACCUUAUACAAAAAUUAACCCAAGAUGGACUAAAGACUCAAACCGAAAACUGAAACUGGAUCCCUUCCUUAUACCUUAUACAAAAAUUAACUCAAGAUAUAUUAAAGACUUAAGUGUAAAACUCAAAACCAUAAAAACUCUAGAAGAAAACCUAGGCAAUACCAUUCAGGACAUGGGCAUGGGCAAAGACUUCAUGACAAAAACACCAAAAGCAAUUGCAACAAAAGCCAAAAUUGACAAAUGGGAUCUAAUUAAACUAAAGAGCUUCUGUAGAGGGAAAGAAACCACCAUCAGAGUGAACAGACAACCUACAGAAUGGAAGAAAAUUUUUGCAAUCUACCCAUCUGACAAAGGUCUAAUAUCCAGAAUGUAUAAGGAACUUAAACAAA